GGUCUGUCCACCCGCCGGCAGCCGCCAUUUCCUGCCCGGCCCUGGGAGCGUCAGGUUUGCUGACUCAGAAGCUCUGGCGCUAAGGCUGCGGACUCUCUAUAUGUAACACAUUAUUUGGAUGACUUUCUGGGCUUUGGACGAGCUUCGGGACCACUGGGCACACGGGAAUCUACUUGACCAUGGCUGGUGAUCAGGAGAAAGACUUGCAGAAAUUUCUUAAAAAUGUGGAUGAAAUCACCAGUUUAAUUCAGGAGAUGAAUUCCGAUGACCCGGUUGUCCAGCAGAGAGCUGUCCUGGAGACAGAAAAGAGACUGCGGCUUACGGAGGAAGUCCAGGAGGAGGACGGAUGCCGGACCGCCCUCAACAAGACCGUGAUCAGUCCUCCGCAAGCGCCUUCCCAGAAUACCGAUGAAGUCAGCUCAGAAGCCUUCUUGGCAUCUGUGGAGUCGGACGCAAAGGAACGCGCCAGGAGAAGACGGGAGAACAAAGUCCUGGCAGAUGCCCUGAGAGAGAGGGGGAACGGCGCCUUCGCCAGGGGUGACUACGAGGCGGCCGUCCUGUGCUACAGCGAGGGCCUGGAGAAGCUGAGGGACAUGAAGGUGCUCUACACCAACCGAGCGCAGGCUUAUAUGAAGCUCGGAGACUUCCAGAAGGCCUUGGUGGAUUGUGAGUGGGCUCUGAAGUGUGAUGAAAAAUGCACAAAAGCGUAUUUCCACAUGGGAAAGGCCCACCUGGCCCUGAAGAACUACAGUGCGUCUAGAGAGUGUUAUCAGAAGAUGUUAGAAAUAAACCCCCAGCUGCAGACCCAGGUCAAAGAAUACCUCAAUCAAGUAAAUCUCCAGGAGAAAGCAGAGCUUCAAGAGAAGGAAGCCCACACAUUGCUGGGCUCGGGAAAGAACACGGCGGUGACCAUCAAGAAUGUCCUGGAGACCCUCUGCAAGCCCCACCAGACGCCCCUGUUCUAUGCAGGAGGGAUUGAAAUCCUCACCGAAGUGAUAAAGGACUGUCCUGAACAGACUUUAUUCAGAACCAACAACGGAUUCAGUAUCAUCAGCGAGAAUGAAGUCAUAAGAAGGUGCUUCUCCACGGCAGGGGAAGGUGCAGUGGAAGAGACGGUGUGUGUGUCCGUCCUCAGACUCUGGCAAGUGGUGUGCGCUGGGAACGAGGAGAACCAGCGCCUGCUGCUGCUGCACCCGCUGUGCCUCCGUCCACCCGGCCGCUUAAGCCAGACUCCUGAGGCCACUCUGGGUGGGAAGAUGGGGUGUUGUCACUGCUCCCUCUUCCACAUCCCAGUGUGCUUCCUGCGGCUCUCCUCCGGCACCUUGCCCAGGAACUCCCUGGACACCUUCACUGAGAUGCAGCCUCCGGCAAAGCCCGAGGGGCCCAUGAAGCCGCCUCCCCCUGCACACACCAGCACCCUCGGGAAGCCCAGGCCUGCAGGCGAAGCACAGAUUGCCAACAGGCCAUGGGAGGCCCAGCACCCCACCUGGCUGCGCGCUGACCUGUCCUCAUGCCCCCACUCCAAGCUCCUUCUGGAUUUUUGCAGCUUGUUGGAAGCGCUGGUGUCCUUUCUUGACUUCUCAGAUAAGAAGGCCAACUCAGCUAUGGAGCUGCUCACAGACUUGGCUCUGGAAGAGAGAUUCCGAGCCUGGUUCCGGGCCAGCCUUCCAGGCGUGCUCCCGGCCCUCACAGGCGUUCUGAGGCGGGAUCCUGUGGCGACCAACAGGUCAGCGCUCUGCCAGUGCAUCGCCCUCAUGGGAAACUUCAGUGCGGAGGCCGCCGUCCGAAGACAGAUGUGCGCCUCGGAGGAGUUCGGGGACGCCUGCCUGGGCCUCAUGGCCAGGUGUGAGGUGGCUGCAGACCUGUGCAGAGAGGUCCUGUACACGCUCCUGGGACUGGUGAUGAACCUGUGUCUCCAGUGCCCCCACCUCUGUGAGGUUUGGGCUGUGGAGGUGAGCAGAAGGUGCUUGUUGCUACUCAACAGCCAGGAUGGAGGGAUCCUGACGAGAGCCGCGGGCAUCCUCAGCCGCACCCUGGCCUCCUCCGGGAAGAUGACCGAGGAGGCCCUGCGAGCCGGAGUGGUGAGGAAGAUGAUGAAGUUCCUGAAGGCGAGGCAGCGCACCAGCUGAAGCAGACGCUCCGAAAGGGCCAGGCGACCACCUAGGCCGCCACCUGCGGCUCCCGCCC